AUGAGUGAUUCAGAUGAUGAUAUUUUUAAAAAGAAGAAGCCAAGCAAAAUGAAAAUAGAACAACAACAAAAGCAACAGCAAUAAUAAGAAUUACUCUAACAAUAAAAAUAACUCAAACAAGAAUUUAAUCAAACAGAAUAAUAAUUGCACAAUCCAAAACAUCCUAAAUUAGUCAUCUAUUGCAGAAUAUGUACUUACCCUGUUGAAUUUUGUUCAUUUUCCAAAACUCCUAGAGAAUGCAAACAAUGGCUAAAGAUAACCUUUAAAGAACUUUAUGCAAUUUUAUACCCUGAAGAUCUUAAAAUAGAUUUGGAAAAAGAAGCUACUCUCUAAUUAAUACAAUAGCAUAUGGCCUAAAAAAUACCAUUAGUUUAACCUCCACUAAAAAAGAGGAGGAAAAAUGGCAAGGUACCUGAAAGCGAAAUGAUUUAUAUAAAAGUUAAAGAGAGAAACAAAAACAAAUUCAUUACAACCUUGUCAGGACUAGAAAAACAUGGUCUUGAUCUCAAGGAAACUUCGAAAAAAAUUAGUAAAAAGUUUGGUUGCGGUUCCUCAAUCAAUGAAAAAGGAGCUCUUGAACUACAAGGGGAUUUGAGUGUUGAAUUAGAAGAGUGGCUUCCCAAGGAAUAUCCAACUAUCAAAGAAGAAAUGAUUGCUAUUCAAGAUAAAUGA